UCAAACGAGCUGUCAAAGGCAAAUGUCAUAAUAGAAAGAAGAACAACAAGAAGCCAGCACACGGUCCAAAUUUCCACUUUUCAGCCAAGUGCCGAAUGCGAUUCCAAAAGUUGUGUGUUGCAGGCCGCAAGUAGUAACUUAAAUAAAGCAUUUCAAAAUGAGCACUAAAGCGGAAACGAAAUCGAAAGGCACAUUUCAGCCGGACUCAGAUGUUCACAUCACCUACGAAGACCAGAUGAAGAUUAACAAGUUCGCCAACUACAACGCGAAGGUGGAGGAUCUGAAGGAGGAGUUGCGCAUCAAACAGAACGAGCUGAAAAAUCUCGAAGAAGCCGGUGAUGAAAUCGAACUGCUGGACGACGACGUACAAAUCCCGUUCCUGAUGGGCGACGUCUUCUUCUCGCACGACCAGGCCAAAACGCUCGAACUGUUGGCUGAGGCGAAGGAGCGCAAGAAGCAAGAAAUCAACAGCAUCCAGCAAACGAACCGAGAUCUGCAGCAAAAGAUGAGCGAUCUGAAGGGCUACCUGUACGGACGGUUUGGCAGCAACAUUCAUCUGGAAAACGACGAAUAAACAAGGCGAUACAGAAAGUUGGUGCGUAAACCCCCGGGUAUGAGUA